GCAUAUACACGUCAAUAUGAGCCUACUUGGGCUGCUCCAAAGUUUGAAUAUAUUCAUGGAAGAGUUUUCGAGUAUAAUUACCAAAUAAAUUUAAAAAAGCCUUUUAAGUUUUCUCUUUGUGGCUGGUAUCACAACAUUUUACUCAAAUUGAAUCCUAACAAAACUAAAGAAAAAUCAACAGAGAAAGCAAUUGAUAAAAUGACAGAUUUAGAAAUAAUAUCAGAUAAAGCAAUAGAUAAGACAACAGAUAAAGCACCAGAUGUAGUAAUAAAUGAAGCUACAGAUUUAGUAAUGGAUAUGAGGAUGGAUUCCAUAAGUGAAACUAUAAGUGAAAUCAAUGAAAUAUUUUCAUCACCUUCUCCAUCUGUUAUAUUUGAUGAAGAUGAAGCAAUAAUUAGUAAUGAUGAUACUGAAUUAGAAAUAGGUUAUAAAUUAAUUAUUAAAACUGCAGAAGGGU